CGAGGAUCGUCAUAAAGCGGCGAGAUGUGGAGGAUAGUGGAGCUCGUGGCUUGUUUGCUGAUGAUGUCCAGUCAUGUAUCAUCUCAAAGCAAGAUCUUUGGGGAGGAGCAGGUCCGAAUGACAUCGGAGGGGUCCGACUGCCGCUGUAAGUGUAUCAUGCGACCUCUGACCCGGGAUGCGUGUGCACGCUUGAAAACGGGAAGCGUGCGCGUGGAGGAUUUCUACACGGUUGAAACAGUGAGUUCUGGAGCCGACUGUAAAUGUUCCUGCACGGCUCCGCCCUCUUCGCUCAACCCCUGCGAGAACGAAUGGAAGAUGGAAAAACUCAAGAAACAGGCACCGCAACUGCUCAAGCUGCAGUCCAUGGUGGACCUUCUGGAGGGAACUCUCUUCAGUAUGGACCUUCUAAAAGUUCACUCAUAUAUCAACAAGGUGGUGUCUCAGAUGAACAACCUGGAGGAUAUGAUCAAGACGAACCUCUCACGGGAAAAUGACUUCGUAAGAGACAGCGUUGCAACUCUGACCAAUCAGCUUCGCCAGUAUGAGAACCACUCUGACAUCAUGAUGAGCAUAAAGAAGGAACUGUCCAAUCUGGGCCAUCAGCUUUCGCAUAAAGACUCCGCCCCCUCAGGCCCAAAGAGCAAAGCACAGGACACAGUAGGGUUAAAUAUUAAAGAUGUUUCAAAGUUUCCUGCCAAAAAGCCUGAGAAAGUGAAACCACCACCUAAACAAGCGAAGGAACAACCAGUUAGGCCAAAGAAAGAGACGAGUAAACCCAUCAAAUCCAGUAAAGGAGAGCAAACAGAACUGAGCAGUAAAGGCAAACCCUCACAAAACCAGCCGGGCGUCAUCCGAGGCAUCACAUACUACAAAGCCAAAACCGAUGAGGAGAGCAGCCAAAAUGAUAGAGGUAAAGAAAAUCCUGAUGAAACAGAAACUCUGCUAGAGGUAGAUGAGAGCAUCACACCACAAGUCAACUUAGCAUCAGACAUUAUCAUGACUUUACCCACGACAACGACCACCGUUUCCACGACAGCAUCAACCCAGAGCACAACGACCAGCCGAACAUUAUACAGAGAGGAAAGACCGGCCCCAACCAUUUCGCUUGUGCUGGACAACACCGGCAACAACACAUACAUUACAGUUAAAGAGCCAUAUUGUGAAGGGACCCUGGCAUCCAUUGAUCAGCCUGUCAAGCAGCACAGCUACGGAAGGAAUGAAGGAGCUUGGAUGAAGGAUCCAGUCGCCAAGGACUCCAAAAUCUACGUCACCAACUAUUACUAUGGCAACAACCUUGUGGAAUUCCGGAACUUGGACAACUUUAAACAGGGUCGAUGGAGUAAUCUCUACAAGCUCCCUUAUAACUGGAUAGGAACGGGUCAUGUUGUGUACAGAGGAGGUUUCUACUACAACCGCGCCUUCACGAAGAACAUUAUAAAAUACGAUCUCAAACAGCGCUACGUCGCAGCAUGGUCUCAACUGCACGACGUCGUCUAUGAAGACGCCACGCCGUGGAAGUGGAAAGGUCACUCCGAUAUUGACUUUGCGGUAGAUGAGAGCGGACUCUGGGUCAUCUACCCAUCUGCCGACUACGAUUACGCACAGGUGGAGGUCAUCAUCAUCAGUAAGCUAGAUCCCAACGACCUGUCGGUCAAAAAAGAGACCACGUGGAGGACGAGAUUGAGGCGAAAUUCUUUCGGCAACUGCUUUAUAAUAUGUGGCGUCCUGUACGCCGUGGACAUUUAUAACCAGCGGGAAGGACAGGUUUCAUAUGCGUACGACACGCUUACCGGCGCUGAUGCGUAUCCACGGUUACCUUUUAUAAAUGAGUACGGGUUCACUACGCAGGUUGAUUACAACCCUAAGGAGAAGGUUCUGUACGCUUGGGACAACGGGCAUCAACUCACCUACAAUGUCAACUUUGUUGAGCAAGAAAAGAAAUGAACUCUGAAACGGCUCUGAAAGUGUUCUUCGCAGUUAAAGGUUCCAUUUAUUUUUUAUCUUUAUCCACUACGAAGAACCCUUGUGCGGAUGUUAAAGAAACCAUACAACAAAAAAUGGUUAUUCUAUGGGGUGGGCAUUCCUGGUCCUGGAGGGUCACUGUCCUGCAAAGUUUAGCUCCAACCCUUAUCAAACACACCUAAAUAUUCUAAUCUAAGGCUGCAGGAUGAUUUGGAAAUUGCAUUCAGGUGUUUGAUUAGGGUUGGAGCUAAACUUUGCAGGACAGUGGGCCUCCAGGACCAGGAAUGCCCACCCGUUUUAUGCCAAUGUGACGCACCUAAAAAGAUUGGAAUUAGGAUCCAAAUCUGCUAGCAAUAAUUCACAUCCGUCUGUGUGUUUGAUUAUGAUCGCCAGAUUGGUUCUGGAUAAAGAUAGUUUUAGCAUCUUAUGUCCUCAUGAACUUUAACUUAUUCCGCGCAAGCCUUUUUUUUUUUAAAGUUGCCUGCCAGCAUUUUUUGUGAUUUUCACAAAUGUUUCACAAAAUGCCUUCUAGAAAAAAUUUCUUGUAAAAACAUAUAAACAUACAAAUAUAUCAAAUGAAAAAACAGACGCUCUGCUUUUAAACAAACAAUAAACAACCAGACAAAACGGAAAAAAAAAUUCAUCCAAUAUUUCUAUGCUUAUAAACUCUUAAAUAUGGGUAUCUUUCUUUAAAAAAUAAUUUUUUUUAACAAAAAGUUGAAAUAAUUUAUAUUAUUAUUAUUUAUGAAAAAAUAAUAUUUUUUUUGAAGGAAUUUUGUUAAAGAUCAGAUUAGGAAUGAUUAUCAAAACAUACACAGAGUGUACAAUUAAUAAAUAAUUUUGUUGCUUCAGUUUUUUAUAAAUUGGGUUAGUGGAUCGCCAUCUAUUGGAUAAGCGCGGUAUUACAGAUUAACAUAAAAACUCAUCAGGAUAACUUUUUCCAUGCAAAUGUUUUCUCUUAAUUGACGAGAUAACUGGUCAAUGGCGGAGAAAGAGUUAAUAGACCUUUUGUGGAGAUCAUACAAGGACAAAGUUGAUUACAUAACAUCACAGUAAUUUGUUAAAUGUGCAAGAUUUGAGUGAUUAUGUGUUGUUAAGUGUUGUUUAACAUUUCAACAGUUUUAAAGUUAAUUCAGACUUGAAGCUAGGUGUAAAACACUAUAAAUGAUGUGAUCAAUAAAUCAUGACAACAUUGUUUUUACACUCCAAUAAAAUAAAAUAAAUAAAUAAAUAAAAUAAUGCUGGGUUUGGUUAAAAAUGGAUGAAUUGAAUCCAUGCUAGGUUGUUUAAACUAGGGCUGUCAAAAGAUUAAUCGCGAUUAAUCACAUCCAAAAUAAAAGUUUGUGUUUACAUAACAUGUGUGUGUACUGUGUGUAAAUAUUAUGUAUAUAUAAAUACACACACAUUCAUGUAUAUAUUUAAGAAAUAUUUGCAUUUAUAUACUGUAUAUACAUUUAUAUUAUAUAAAAAAUAAAAAUAUUUUAUAUAUACAUAUAACCAAUUUCUAUAUAUACAUGAUUGUGUGUGUUUUUAUAUAUAAAUAAUAAUUAUACACAGCACACACACACAUGUUACGUAAACACCAACUUUUAUUCUGGAUGCAAUUAAUCACGAUGAAUCUUUUGAUAGUCCUAGUUUUAACCCAAAAUGCUUGGUUGUUUUAACCAAUUUUUGGGGUAAAGACAAACAUUUUCAGGGUUAAUUUAACCCAACAACUGGGUUCGUUCAUUUUUGACAACCUAGCAUUUUCAGAGUGUAUAAUAUUUUAACUUUUUUAUAACGUAUAGCAUCUCAUCAUUUAAGUUUGUAAGCUGAAAUACUUGUACAGCCUGUUUUAUUACUUAAUUUAAGGCAGCAAUUUUUUUUGCAGUGUAGAAAUUCGGUUGAGUUUGUUUUUAAAAAGUUUCCCUUACAACAUUUUGACUUAAGAGCGAAUCCCUCAAUUUCUGUAUAGUCACAUUUUAAGUUAACAGUUUAAGAGCGUUGUGACGGUUUUCAGCUCAUUUUUAUUCAAUCCUUCGCAAUAACAAGUUCUGAUGUUUUUAUUUUAUAAACAUCACAAGCAAUCAAGACACACCUGUAGGAAUGUUUAUGUCUAUUCUCAUCUUAAAAGCAGUCCAGAGAAUGAUUUACACGAGUUUUAAGCAUGAUAUCAUGAGAAAGGCGGUUGUGUGGUUAUAAGGGAGCUGUGAUGAUGUUUGUCUCUAAAUUAUUAUGUAUGAAAUGUUUAUAACAAACAGGGUCAUGCAGGGAAAGCCUCUGUAGUGCAUGGAUAGGGGUAUGUAUAAGUAAUGCAUUAACAUUUUAACAUUUUUAUUGUUUCACAUCCUUGUUCUUAUUGUAAAUAGCAGAAUAUUUUUUAUUUGAAGUCGAUUGAGUUUCAGAAACAUCAUCUUCUUAAAAGGAAGAGAUUUUUGUACUCCGCUAAUUCAGCAUGUCUGAUUUUAAUAAAGUUUUAAUUUGAUUGUGUUAAAUGUGCAAUAUUUCUAAAUCCUCCGCUCCAAACAUCCAGUGAGCUCCCUUUAGGCAGCUUUUUUAAUAAAUUCUCAUUUGAUUUUGA